CAUACACUUACGCUCCUAUAUUCAAAAAACUGCAAUGACCACCAUGUUGUCAUUGCUGGCUUCACUGGCAGUAAUCAGUGGUGCAUGGUGGGCUUGGAUGGUGAUUCAAUGGGUUUGGCUAAGACCCAGAGCCAUCGAAAAAUGUUUGAGGAAACAAGGUCUCGAUGGACCAUCAUAUAAGUUGUUGCAUGGUGACACGAACCAAUUAGCCACCAUGUCUCGAAAGGCAGCUUUGAAUCCCAAACCCUUAAGCUUUUCCGACGAUUUCCUCCCCUCUGUUCUUCCGUUCUACCACCACAUCAUCCAUACCUAUGGUAAAAAUUCAUUUGCAUGGAUAGGACCAACGGCAAGGAUCACUAUCAUGGAUCCUGAACUAAUCAAGGAGGUUUUGGUGAAUAAUAAGGUUUACAAAAAACCAACCCCGAACCCACUGGUCAGGUUCUUGGUUUCCGGAGUUGCGGGCUACGAGGACCAAAAAUGGGCCAAGCAUCGCAAGAUUCUUGCUCCUGCUUUUACUCAAGAUAAGUUGAAGCAUAUGUUUUCAGCUAUGUACACGAGUUGUAACGACAUAUUGGUGAAACCAUGGUCAAAGUUGGUUUCAGAGAAUAAUGGUUCGUGCGAGUUAGAUGUGCAACCUUACAUUGAUGAUUUUUCUAGUGACGUGAUCUCACAAAACGCAUUUGGGAGUAGCUAUGAACAGGGCAGGAGGAUAUACCAACUUCAAAAGGAACAAGCCAUGCUCACAAGCAAAGUUCUUCAGUCAGUAUAUCUCCCAGGGCGAAGGUAUUUACCUACCAAAACUAACAGAAGAAUGAAGCAAAUCGACAGUGAAUUGAGGUCUAUUCUAAGCAAAAUCAUGGAGAAGAAAGAGCGUGUGAUGCUUUCAAAAGAAAGUGAUGAUCACGAAGAUUUACUAUCUUUGUUGUUGAAAUCGACUACAAAUAUAAAUGAGAAUCUAAGGAUGAGUGUUGACGAGGUUAUGGGCGAGUGCAAAUCUAUUUAUUUUGCAGGGCAAGAGAGCUCAUCGAAUCUCCUGCUUUGGACCAUGAUUUUGUUGAGCCAACACCCGAUAUGGCAAACAAGAGCACGGGAGGAUGUUCACCAAGUUUUUGGACACAAUAAACCCAGCUACGAAGGGUUAAAUCACCUCAAAAUUGUAACCAUGAUACUAUAUGAAGUUCUUAGACUGUACUCCCCAGCUACCAUAUUCACACGAAUCACAUACAAUGAGACAAAACUCCGGAACCUAACCGUUCCAGCCGGGGUACAAUUUUUGUUGCCGGUUAUAUUUGUACAUCACGAUCGUGAAAUUUGGGGAGAAGAUGCAAAGGAGUUCAAUCCUGAAAGAUUUUCUGAGGGAAUUGCGAAGGCAACAAAGAACAGGGUCGCCUUCUUUCCUUUUAGUUGGGGUCCUCGGAUAUGCAUUGGGAAUAACUUUGCCUUGAUGGAAGCUAAGUUGGCUAUAUCAACAAUUCUACAAAAUUUCUCGUUUGAGCUAUCGCCUUCUUACACUCACUCACCUGUGUAUGUCGUCACACUUCAACCCCGACAUGGUGCUCACUUGAUUCUCCACAAGAUAUAGCCCUCAAGCCCAUAACGGAAUCGUAUAAAGAAGUGCAGAAUACCAGAUGAUGGAGAAUAAUUUUAUUUUUCUUAUGUUUCGUGUAAAAGUGUGUUUAACAUGGUUUGUGAUUGAUAUUUUCUUUGGCCUUGAAGACUUGGUGUAUAUAAUGCGAUUAUUAGUCUUGUGACAAUCUUUCUAAGAACAUUCUUAGGAGUGCAAUAAGACCUUAUACUAAGAACCA